AUGGCAGAAACGCAUGGACCAUUAGAUAAGAUUCCAAUGGAAAAUUAUCCACCUCAAGUCACGUAUGCAAACUAUAUGGCGAUCAAACACAUGAUUGAUCAAGUUAUAAAUGAAGAUCAGGAAUACGUUAAUUGGAAGUUGAAGAAUCACCGUACAGGAGGUACAAUGGAUAAGUACUUGAAUACAUAUUUAAAGACAGCUGAUGAAGAAACUCAAUCUGAAGAAUAUGAGAAACACCCUCGGAAGAAACGUAAAUUUGGAGAGGUUAAUGAAGUUCCAAAAGAUAUGAAGUUUCCGCGUGACAUAUAUGAAGAGUAUAUUCAAGAGCUACCAAGACCAAGGGAGCUAGAUCAACAAGAGGUUAAGAAGCUCUUUGUAGAUCAUUUGGAUGAAGAACAGAUGAACCGUUAUGAGGUUUUUAAGAGAACUUCGUUAGCAAAAAACCAAGUAAAGAAAAUCUCAGGUAUAGUAACGAACCAAACAGUUGCUGCAAAUGUCAAUUUACUUCUGGGAGGUAUUGGAAAGAUUUUUGUUGGGGAAGUUGUUGAAAAAGCCAUUGAUGUAAAACUAAAGUGGUUAAUGGGGCUAAUGGCGAACAGGUUUUAUGAUCGGAGAGUUAUCGGGAACAAAUUGAAGAAGCACCUGAAGAAAUUGACGCUUUUGGUGGAAACUGAAGAGAGCAUAGACGAUAGUGUCGAUGAACAGGAGAGUGAUACUUAUUACGAUGAUGACAAGGGCGAAGUUGUGUUUGUACAGAUGAGCAACAAGCUCUUGAAAAGUACCAAGAAUACAGAAGAAAUAAGACGAGGCAUUAUCAAACAAUACAAUGAGCUGGUCACCCAGUUUAAUGCGGUAGAUGUAAGCGUAGAAAAGUAUAUGAAUAGUCCCCUUCUUCCCGAACAUAUUCGGGAAGCUUGGAGGUUGUACCGGUUGGAAAAUGAUACUGUGUCCAGUGCCCAAUGGAGGACACAAGGUGAAGGUAAUGGCUUGCUCUUUAGAUAA